AUGACAACGUCACUGCUCCUCCGUCCUCGCUGGGUCGACCCGUCGGUGAUGUUCCUCUACGACAACGGCGGCGGUUCCGAUGAAGUGAGCAAGAACAUGGAGGGUUUUGCUGGUGGCAACUUUGCUGCGAACCAGUGCAGGAAUCUGAUGGCGCACCCCGCAUCCCUGGCACCCAGCACGGCGUACUCGUCCAGCGACGUGCACACCUCCGGGAUGGGCGAGCCUGUGAAACAGUGCAGCCCCUGCUCUGCAGCUCAGAAUUCGUCCAGCGCGUCCCUGCCGUACGGGUACUUCGGUUACCCGUGCAGAAUGUCGCAUCACAGCAGCAUAAAGUCGUGCGGAGCGCAGCCCCCCUCCGCGUAUGGGGAGAAAUACAUGGACACGUCCGCCUCAGGCGACGAUUUCGCCUCCCGGGCAAAGGAAUUUGCUUUUUAUCCAACGUAUCCCUCUGGCCCGUACCAACCUGUCCCCAGUUACCUGGACGUCCCAGUAGUGCCAACUAUCAGCGCGUCUUCAGAGGCCAGACACGAGUCUCUUCUGCCUAUGGAGAGCUACCAACCGUGGACUCUCGCUUCCAACGGCUGGAACAGCCAGGUCUACUGCGCCAAGGAGCAGCCUCAGCCCGGACACAUGUGGAAAUCCUCCAUACCAGACGCAGUGUCUCACGCCGGGGGAGACUCCGGGUCUUAUCGACGUGGAAGAAAGAAGCGCGUGCCAUACACCAAGGUGCAACUGAAGGAACUCGAGCGCGAGUACGCCGCCAAUAAAUUUAUCACAAAGGACAAAAGGAGGAGGAUAUCCGCUCAGACCAACCUGUCCGAACGACAGGUCACGAUAUGGUUUCAAAACAGACGCGUAAAGGAGAAGAAAAUCGUCAACAAGCUGAAAACUAUCAGCUAG